CAGCCCGCAGAUUCUGCGACACCGACACACGCAGAGACCCUCUGUUCUGCUCUAUCAGGUGAAAGAUCUUCAGAGAGCCCCCAUGUCUUGUUCUGUCCGUGGAGGCCCUGCGGUUCAACGGGCCAGCAAGAUAAGGCGGCCCCUGAGCACACAUUCCGCUCUGGUCCGUUUCGGGCAAUGCGAGCAAAUGCGCCCCAGCUGGCUCUACCGCCCAGCCUUGCUGUACGACAAGUUCCUCCUUUUGCUGGCGCCCGCGAUACGCAAAUCAAGCAAUACCCGCCGUGCUUACUCGCAGCUGAUGCGCCCAUGUCCAUCACCACAGAGCCUCGACUCAGCAUGCAGCGCCGCACCUCGGACGGCCAUUCAUUUCUGCAACACGAGAAACCAAAGCAGCCCAUUCACAAUCAACCUUCCGAUCCGAGCUUAGCAUCAGGCACGCACGGCCUCUGAAUGGCCCAGCGGUCGGCAGGAUCGCUUGGUUCCUGCAUUAGCCCUAACACCCGUCUGGCCACUCGCAGCGCCUAGACGGACACUACCCCUGCUGCCAGCGCUGGCGCCCCUUUCACUGGCCGGCCCGCGCUACCACGCUCGUAAUCUCCCAGCAUACAUAAACCUCAGCAUGCUCG